AACGAUCUUUCAACUCUCAACUCUCAAUAUGUUUCCAUUGUGUAUCUUCAAAUAUACGCAGUUGACAAUUAGAAACAAAAGAUUUUUAUCACUUAUAUUUUUCUUUUCGAAUAUAUUUGAUUACACGUUCAAACUAAAACGAGUGAAGUCUAACGACGCGCAUAUAAAUAUAUAAAUAUUGCACAUCGGUUUGCAUUCAAAAAUAUACUCAAUCUGCUUCUUCAGUUUUUUCAAAAGAUUUUACAAUCAUCUUGUAGUACUAAAGCAUUUCACAAAAGCAGAAAGAUGUCAAAUCGUUCAUCAAGUAGAAGCCGUUCAAUAAGUAGAGGUCGUGCAUCGAGCAGAAGAAUAUCAAGUAGUACAUCAAACCUAAGGAUAUCAAUCCGUUCAUCAAGCAGAAGAAGGUCAAGUGGUUCAUCUAGCAGAAGUCGUUCAUCAUCAAGCAUAAGAAUCUCAAACCGUUCAUUAAGCAGAAGUCAUUCAUCAAGCAUAAGAAUCUCACACCGUUCAUCAAGUAGAAGAAGGUCAAGUCGUUCACCAAGUAGAAGCAGGUCAAACAGUGCAUCAAGCAUAAGAAUCUCACACCGUUCAUCAAGCAGAAGAAGGUCAAGCUGUUCACCAAGCAGGAGAAGGCCAAGCCGCUCACCAAGUAGAAGCAGGUCAAACAGUGCAUCAAGCAUAAGAAUCUCACACCGUUCAUCAAGCAGAAGAAGAUCAAGCCGUUCACCAAGCAGGAGAAGGUCAAGCCGCUCACCAAGUAGAAGCAGGUCAAACAGUGCAUCAAGCAGGAGAAGGUCAAGUUCACCAAGCAAAGAAAGGUCAUACCAUACAUCAAGCAGAGGAAUGUAUCACGCACAAGAACUAGAACGUCAAUCAUUUUAUCAAGAAAAACAAUACGGUCAAUACCAGCCCGUAUAUCAAGCAGAAGAAGGUCAAGCCUUGACGAAGAAGGUCAAAUCAAUGUCAUUUUUAAUUUAUUUUGACAUAUAUUUACUUCAAAAAUAGUGCUAAGUUUUCUAUCUUUCAAGUGAUGCAGCCAACUUCAGCUACUAUAGAAGGUUCGCUGAAGAUAUCGGAGGAUGGGAUAAAUAUAACCAACUAUAUUCUGAUAAUCUUAAUUUUACUGUUGGCAGCCAUCAUGGCUUAUAUAAUUUACUAGAUGUUGUGCCCAUGCGGGCCACGGCCCUCCGCGAGUUGUGAAAGUUUUUUGCAAGUAUUCGGUUUUAUGUUUUGUUAAACAAUAUUGGAUCUGGAGCUCUCCUCGAUGAAUCCUUCAAACAUCUCGACCAUUUCAAUGAAGAUGGAAUCUAUGUCAAUGACGACUCACGACCGUGUUGUCCGUAACAACAAGAGAUUACCACAGUCCAGAUAUUCUCCUUACACUCUAGGGACUACGGAGAAGAAGAAACAGAAGGAGGAGGUUUUUCGACUCGGAGUUGAGCUCUCACUCUAUGUGGCUGAAGCAAUGCUGCUAGUAUCUGAUGACAUACGUUCUUUAUUACUCUUCGGUACUCAAUUAAUAAUGAAGUUUACAGGGGAAAAAGAUAAUAAUAUUCGCUCCCAAGUGGUUGAAAGACUGAUCGUGGUUAUGCUAUAUGUGUUUGAAACAUAUAUCAAGCCUAAGAAUGGAGUCUAUCAGGCUGAUGGCAAAUCAACUCAACUAGAGCUGAUCAACGCGUGUACCCAGCAUUUUGCUUACGGAGUCAGGAACUUGGAGCGCAUUGUUUUGGUUUUUAGAAAUGGUGGCAUCAUGCCACCGUCUGAUUUGGAAGACUACAACCAAGAGCUGAAGAAGCUAGAGGAGAAGUUGAGGUCUUGCAAAGAUGUUUCAGAGGCGAAUGGAUUUGCGAGAGAAAUUAUAAAGUCUUAACAUUCUUUAUUUGUGGGACUGGAAGG